AUGUCUGUGGGGAUCGGUCCAGGCAGUCUACCGUAUGCGCCUUGUCUUCUUGCUUGCUUUGAGCAGGCAUUUGCAUGUGGCGAGCACAGCUAUGCCGACUCGCUGGCGCAGACUCUGCCACGCGCGCAACGCAAUGCGCACGCCAUGGAGCGCAUGCAAGGGUCCGGAAGAGUCUCGGCGUUGUGGGAGAAGCGCGCAUCUGGCCGUGCAUUCAUCGAAGCACAAACGCUGCUGCCACAACCCGAGGCGUGCUCGGCUGAGGGCUGCGAUCGGAUAGAACUGCUCGGCGAGAGGCUCUCAGCGGCGGCAAAGGCGCUACGCGUCGGCUAUGGCGCGCACGGCCAGUGGGGCAUCUUCGACAAAGGCUACAACCAGACGAAGACUCGAUUCCUGAACUCUUGGCUCUGCCGUUACGCGACGCGCUCGAAGAUCAAUACGAUCUGUGAGCUCGGCUUCAUGGCCGGUCACAGCUCGAUGCUCUUCCUGGAGACAGUCCGAAGCGCUCAGGUCUUCUCAUUCGAUAUGUACGACAACCCUUGGUCAUUGCCGCAGGGUAAGCUCAUGGAACACACGUACGUCCAACGCUUCAAGCUCGUGGUGGGGCUGUCGAACGAGACUGUGCCGGACUGGGAGCGUCAGCACCCGAGGAAGCGCUGCGACGCCAUGUUCAUCGAUGGAGCCAAACACCUGGAGCCGCGGCUGGAGGACUUGCGCAAUUUUCGGCGUCUCAGCUCCCAGGGCGCGCCCGUCUUUUAUGACGAGGCCACAACUCUCGAUUGUGUGCGCGGCAGCGUGCCUGAGGAGGCUUGCCCUGGCCAUUUUGGGCAUCGGGACGGCUCGUGCUUUUGCCGAAUACGCCACAUGCAAAAAAUUGGGAAAUGA